AUGUCUGAAGCUCAGGUUGCCGGCGGCCACAAGGCUAACCUCAACAACCCCAACACCUCUGAGGAGGCCAAGGAGCACUCUCGCCAGGUCCUCAACGAGGAGUUCAACGGCGGUGACGUCCCCAAGGCCACCGACAGCGGUGACAAGAACCCCAACAAUGUUGCCGGCGGUCUUAAGGCCACCCUGAACAACCCCAAGGUCAGCGAUGAGGCCAAGGAGUCUGCCAAGGAGCGUCUUGGACAGAUGGAUAACUAA